UAAUGCCAGUUUGCUGCUCAAAGAAAAUCAAAACAUGUAAAUUCUUCCUCAUUUUUUUUGAGAGGUAAAUUCUUCCUCAGUUCCUCAUAACAAAUUUGAAAUUCUUCUUCUUCUUCUCAUCAUGCAAUAAUUAUGACACAAAUCCGUUUAUAAUUCUGUUAAAAAGCUACCUUUAAACCUACCCAUUCCCUUGCUUUCAUGCUUUAAUUGCGCAUCUAAAGCAAAAUUAGCCGUUAGAUGGCAUAAAACACAUGAACAGCCUCCGGCCCAUUCUUUCAUAUAUGUGUAGAAUCGUAACUCCCAAUUCUUUCAUUUCCACGUCUCUCUAGCUAUGAUUCUAUGAUUAUAAGUAUCCCAUUGAAAUGAAGAAACAGAGCAAAAAUGUCCAAGAAUGAACCAGAAGAAAAAAAUGAGUGAAAAUCACGCCCUUUCUUCCAAGGGAGACGUGCCCUUUUCUUGGGAGCAAAAGCCCGGGAUCAGAAAGGCGACAGUGCCAGUCUUUCAUGUCCACCACACCAAGCUGCCCCCUCCGCCGCGCGCGGCGGCGCAUGAUGGCUGCAGGAGUUCUCCUCUGAGAUACCACCGAGGCCUGCAAAUCCCUCCACCGCCGUGCACGGCUCCACCGGUGCCGAGAAAUUCGUCCCGAAAAGGGGUGAUCGGUAAACGUGAUGAUCCGUUCUUGAUUGCGUAUAUGGAGUGUACAAAGAACGUUGGGCCAAAAGGUGAUAACUUUAUGUGGUUUAGCAAGGAUGAUGGAGUGAGGAAGAGGAAGAAGAAGAAGAAGAAAAACGUUGGGUUCUUUUCUUGUAAAGAUUCAUGCGGCGUGCUUGAGGAUAAGAUUGUUCGAGCUUCACAACUUCCGGUUUCGAGAUCUCAAAGAGCCGACGAAUGAAGAAGAAGAUGGUUUCUCUGAAAUCGAGUGUUUGUUUUUCUUGUAAUUUGUAGAAAUUUAUUGAACUUCCAGUUUUCGAUGCAUCACAAUAAUAAAAUGAUACCUAUUCUAAACGGGUUUAAAAUGCAAAAAAAAAAAACUAAUUAGGAUCUGUAAAUGUGUUGAAUCUGUUAUCGUAUAACAUUCAAGUGUUCCACUAUCUGCCUAUUUCCACCAAUUCAGUUUUUGAUUUUAAUCAAGUAACAACUCACCUGUGAUAUGUACCACCUAAUAUUUUAUUGAAAUGCUAGACAUUAAUCAA